AUGAGAAAUGCCCUAACACCUGGACGCGAUAGCGAAGAGGGAAGCAACAACGUGUCCUUCCGCGAGUACCUCGACAUCCGCAAGAGGGCAGGCUCUUCCUUCAGCCUCGACAGAGGAAGCAGAGGAAGCUCCGCUGCUCUUUCCUCCGCUGCCUCCUCCUCCUCCUCCCUCUUACACUCAGUCAAGGAGGAGGAGAGUCGAGACCUCAGGAGAGUAAGGCAGACAUCAGAGGAGGAGGAGGAGGAGGAGGAGGAGGAUGGAACAUGGGAGGGAGCUGGAGCAAGUGUACUGGCGGGAGCAGCUGCAGGAGUCAGAGGGGGAGCAAGAGCACGAGAGCGAGAGGGAGCGGGGGCAAGAGGAGCAGCAAGAGAGAACUGGCUGAUCGUUGUGCAUACUCUUCUCUAUCGCUUCCAGGUGUUCGGGCAUUUCUCCAUGGCGAUGAAGAAGUGCCUGGCGCGGGAGGAGAAGGUACGGAAGCAGCUUGUUGAGCUGCAGGAGCUGCUGAGGAGGAGGGAGGAAGACAAGGCGGAUCUGGAGAAAGAGCUGAGAAAGAGCCAGUUCGAGCUGCGGUUGGCGUCAGCCGGGGAGGAGAAGAGGGUGGAAAAGUUGUCGGAGCUCAACGAAGCAAACUUGGCGCUCAAGGAGGAGGUGAAGAAGAUGAGGAGGAGGGAGGAGGAGCUGCAAGAGAAGCUGCAGGAGAAGUCAGCGGACCUGAACGCGUUCAUCCUCAAGUCGCAGAAGCAGAUGGACGCAAUGAGGGAGGAGGAGAGGAUCAAGGAGAGGAGGAUAGGGGAGCUUGAGGAAGAACUCCAGGGGCUGCGGGAGGAGAAGGAGAAGACGGAGGUCAGGGUGAAGUACUUCCAGCAGCAGAUGAGUAGGUUCGCCGACUACGACCUUGUCAAGGAGAGGAUGGAGGCGCUGGCCGGGGAGGUGGAGAGGCUGGAGCAGGAGAGGAGGGGGAGGGAGGAGGUAAUAGAAGAGCUGAGAGAGGAGCUGAGCUCGGACAAGAACAAACUGCACGCGCUCAACCUCCGCGUUCAGAAUCUGAUCCUGCAGCGCGACCACAUACAGGAGGAGGCGAGGGCAGCUCAGGCCCGGUUGCAGGAGGAGCUGGACAGGGUGACGGACAAGGUUGGGGGGCUGAUGGCGGACAAGGGGCAGCUGAAGGAGCCCCAGCUACACGAGCUGCAGAGAAGUUUGCGGGAGAAGCUGGGGCUGGUGCUGGUGGAGGACGGGAGGAUAAGGGAGGAGUUCGAGGAGGCGGUGAUGAGGUUCAAGGAGAAAGGGGUGAAGGGGCUCCCUUCCUCUCUUGGUAUCUCCCGCACUGAGUCGCUCGCUGCCCCGAGCAAGCUGAUGAGGAGGAAGGAGUACGAACGUGCCCUCCCUCCUGCCGCCGCCGCCGCCGCCGCCUCGUCGCGGCAUGUGCCCUACCUGCCGGAGGAGUGGAACCUGGUGGAGGAGACGGCGCGGAAGCUGGUGGAGGAGCGAGGGAGGAUCGUCGGAGAGCUGGAGGAUCAGCUGGGAAUGAUCCCCCUGGGGAACCUGCAGCUGCUGCAGGAAGUUGGGGAGCUCAGGGAAAAGCUGGGGGAGGCGAGACAGCAGCUGGGGGCGAGCAGGAAGUUGAUGGAGGCACAUCAGAGGACGAUGGAGAAGUUGCAGCUGAAGCUGAUCAACCUGGGGGGGGUAAGGAGCACGAGCGAUAUGGACAAGGCCGACAGCGAGAGCCAGACGAGAUCGUGGGAGGAGGUGGUGGAGGAGGAGGCACUGAGGUUGGGAGUGUCGGAGGGGAGGGUAAAGGAGCUGGAGGAGGAGAGGGAGAGGCUGAGGGAGGAGGUGAAGAACAGGAGCGAGCGGGUAGCGAACUUGAAGCGGGAGGUUGCUAUCUACAGGAGGAGGACGGAAGACAGCUGGGGAAGAGUCCGGCAAGAGCUGGAGAAGGAGGGGGGACCUGUUGCACCUGCUCGGCGCAACGAGAAGCUCGUAGAUCGCAGCAUCCUGGACCGGCUCAAGGCUGGGAGCAGAGAGAGCAAGGGGGGCGAGACUGUGGGGGAGGAGGAGGUGCUGGACGCGAUUGCUGAGAUCUACAACAGCUGGUACAUGGAGAAGGCAAACAAUUGCUCGCAGGAUACAAUGCUCUCCUUUCUCUACCGCCACAUGCUGCAGCAGCACAAGGACCCGGAGGUUGCAGAGGCUAGGAGCAAGCUUGUGCUCGGCCGGGUCGGGAGGCUGGUGGGGGUGAGGACGACGGGUCUACGAGUUUCCUUCUUCUCCUCCCUCCUCAACAUGGACCAGGACAACCUCCGCGACACUGCCCAGCACAGGCUCGUCACCUACAUGAAGAUUCUCUCCUCCAUCCCCCUCCGCUGCGAGCAGGAGGAGGAGGAGGCGACUCCUCCUCUCUCCUCCAAGGCCCUCCUUCCUCGCGUUCUCCACUUUCUCAAGUCCCUCCACUCGAGCGAGAUCUGCUGGCUGAGCUUGGAGGAAGCGACUUCCUUUGUUAGGAGCAGAGCGAAGCACGGGAGGAGGGAGAGGAUUGGCCCCCUGCUGCAGGAGCUCAGGACGCACAGCCAGCGGGAGGAGGAGGCGGAAAGCUCAUGGCGGGCAGGCGUCAGCGUCUCUGUGGACUUCCUCCUCGACCUCCUGGUCCGGCACGAGUCCUCCUCCGCCUCCUUCUCCUCCCUCCGCGACCCCUUCAGCGCGAGUCCAGAGGGAGGGGAGGAGGAGGAGGAGGGCAUGGACCCCGAGGUCUUCCGCAUCGGUGUCCUCCGCCUCGCCUUCGGCCGGGAGUUUGCGGGGACGCUGCGGUCGCUGCUGGAGGGGGUGAAGGAGCAGCUGGACGUGUCGGCGGCAUGGCACAGCUACCGUCUCAUCUCCCUCACGGUCGACCAGGCGAGGAAGACGAUCGAGCGCCUGCUCAUGGCGCCAGAGCUGGUGCGGGAAGCGAUCAGACUGGCGGAGGAGGAGGAGGAGGAGAAGGGCAAGGCCGAGCUCUUGUCCAGCAGGGGUAGAGCCGAGCCCUCCAACUCCAUCGGGCGCUCGGUGGGAGCAUGGAAGGGGGACGUGACGCGGCUUCGAGCAAGGAAAGGAUCCACGCAGGCGCCGGAGGAGGCAGCGGCAGCGGAAGUAACAGCAGCAGCAGCAGCAGCAGCAGCAGCUCCUCCCUCCCUCACUGCUCACGGGGUUUCUCCUCGCCUCCUCCUGUGGAAGCCGGCGGACAAGGGCAAGAGCAGCGGGAUUAGCGUGCAGAUGAACUUAGCCCUGUCGCAGGAAGUGUCCUCAGCCAGGUCGAAAGGAGGUUUGCUUUCUGCAAGAGCGUCUCAAUCUCCUCGGCCUCCUCUCACAAAGAAACCUCGUCCUCAGACGGCAGUCAACCCGGCCCAACGGCGCUAAAGGGACUUGAGAGCAAAGGAGAUUAUGAAUGUUGUAAAGUGGCAUGUGAAUAGGCGAGACGGCAAACAGGUGAUGAUGAUGAUGAUGAUGAUGAUAUCGUUGUUGUUGAAGACAAAAAUACGGUCAUUUGUCU